GGUUUUAUCGAGUGCUAUCGAAUUGGUGCUACCACAUACAUAUUUUUUCAGCCAACUAAUUCUGCAAGAGUAGAAUUUUUUCCUAACAGUGGGACUUUUAGAAUUUGCACAUCCUCCAAGCCAGAUUUAACCAAAGCCGGAAUGCCGCGCGACUACGAUAGGGACUACAAUGAGGACGCCGCCGACUACAAGAGAAAGCGACGCGACGAGGAGCCAGCGGCGACCGGUGCUCCGGAGACUCCGGAGGCGGAUGGCGGCGGACACACACACACCACCAGCCACGCCGCCCUCCGGGACACGCCCCAGCUGAACGAGAAGACCAACGCGUACCUGCAGGAGUGCCUGCUGGAAAAGAAGACGCUCGAGAAGAAGCACAUCAUCACCAAGCGGCUGCUUGACGACGAGGUGGAGAAGAUCUUGGUCAGCGGUCGCAUACCCAAACCGGAGAUCUAUGCCAACGUGUACAGCGAAAAGCCGAUCCGAGUGGCCCAGAAGGUGCUGUUCCCCAUCAAGGAGUACCCCAAGUUCAACUUUGUUGGCAAAAUCCUGGGCCCCAAGGGCAACACACUGCGCCAGCUGCAGGAGGAGACCAUGUGCAAGAUGGUUGUGAUGGGGCGAAACUCUAUGCGCGACCACGGCAAGGAGGAAGAGCUUCGCAGCUCUGGCAAUCCCAAGUACGCACAUCUCAGCCGAGAUUUGCAUGUGGAGAUAUCCACGGUGGCCCCUCCCGCGGAGGCCUAUCACAGGAUCAGCUAUGCGCUGGGCGAGAUACGCAAGUUUAUGAUACCCGAUGCCAACGACGACAUUCGGCUGGAGCAACUGCGCGAGAUGGACGGCAAGGAGCGCAUGUACAAGAAGUCUCACCACUAUUCCAAGUCAUACGGCGAUCACGGCGCCUACAGUUCUCGCACUCCACCUCCUGCUUCCUCCAAGCCCAAAGUUUAUUCGAUUCUGGAGAAGGCACGAUAUGUGAUGGACGAUCCCAACUAUGGCAUCGUCAAGACGCACAGUAGAUCCCGGGACCAUGAGCUGUACGACCACCACGGAGAAUACGAUCGCUACGCCACACCGCCGCCCCAGACAUCUAAGCACUCGACCCACCACGCCCAGUACGACAGCAGCUCCUACGAGCGCGACUACCGGCGUGAGUAUCACCCCCACUCAUCCUCCUCUUCUUACGCGGCGGCCUAUCCAGCAAAACCAAGCAACGGUCGUUCAUCAUCGUCAUAUCGACCAACAACCUCGGGCUCGGGAUCACAUUCAUCUGCACACUACGAAACUGGAUCCCGAUCUCGUGAAAGCGUGCGUUAUCGCUCGGCUCCAUAUCCGAAAAUACGUUAACCCAUCGAUUUACCAAAAUCCCAUGAAACCAACCCCAACAACAACAACUACAACAACCACAACUAAACAAAGUUAAGCAUAAAGAAUAAAAUAUAUUCCAAACAAAUUAUCAAAAAUGUUUAAAGUCAACAAUCCAACUAUGCACACCUAUUAAAUAUACUAUCUAAACGAAAGUAAAAAAAAACGUAACUUUUUAUUGCAAUUGUUAUCCCAAUAUUCGAAUUGUGUUGAAACAACAAAAAAAAAAAGAAAUCAUCACUGCAACAAGUUUUAAC